CAGGAAAAUAAAAUGAAAAGUGACUUUCUUUUUCACCAAGACCCGUAAUCUCUGCUGAUAAAAUUUCAAAAGCAGUUUCCACCUUUUCCCUAUAUCUUUUGUGUUUGUUUUUUCAAACUUUACUUAUAUUUAAUAGAAAUACCGAUUGCCUUACAAAAAAUUACUGUCUGCAUUUUAAAUUUGUUUUUGUUAGUUCGUGAUCUUUAUUUGAGAUCAGCAACAAAGAUGAUUGUUUCCACCACGAACGGCUAUAGGCUAUUAUUGCUAUUGUGGUUGUUGGAUUCAUUCACCAUCACUGCACUUUUAAGUUGAUUAGCUAAUGUUUUGAUAAACUUGACAACCUAAAAUUACAUAUUAGAGAUAGAUUUUAUACUUAUCACAUAACACACGCAGUUAAUUAUAAAAAAAAAAUUGUCCUGGAUUACGUUGAUUUAUAGUGAAAAACAAAGAAAAUAAUUUACGAGGAAUAUUUGCAUGCAUUAAGCUUUUUUCACUGUUCCAAAGAACUUAAUUUUUCACCUCAGGCUAACAUCUUUGGGAGCUUAUGAACGAGAACUUCCUUGAUUUUUCAUUUAAAUAAAAAUAAAAAGGAGCCAAGACAUGCGUUAUUAUCCAUAUCAUGGAUGCAUGAACGAAAACAGGAAAGAUAAGGAUGUUGACGUCAAUCAAUGUAUAUAGUACGUAGAUGUAUUAUACAAAUAAACCCAAGCCUACGAAUUGUCGUAUAGCUUAUAUUUAUUUGGCCCACAUUUAUAUCAAGGGUCGACAAAAAGAUACAUUGAGAACUAGAUUUAUAAGUUGUCUAAAUGGCAAUGGUCCAUAUCAAAUAGAUUAAGAAGGAUUAGGAAUAAUAUGUAUUCAACUGAAAAUUUGAUGUGAAUUGUUUUUAGAUGACAAAUCGAUUGUUAUUCAAAUAAGAAGUUUAAAAUUUCAUUUAAAGUUUAGUGUGUUACUGAACUUGACAUUUCAUAAAAUAUUUGAAAUCUACUGUUGUUGAAAAAAAUAAAUCUUGAAUUUUAGAAGUUUUUAGUGAUUUUAUAAUGUUUGGAUGAAAUUUCUUAAUUAGAAAAAUAAAAAUCUAAUUUUAUAACUUUUUUUGUGCUUACAUAUCAACUCUUUAUUAGUCAAUAUGAGAGUACAUGAUUUUGACAAUGCAAGUGAUUCAACCACAUUUAUAAACAGAGAAAUCUAGAAUCACACAUUUGGAUACACAUUUUGAUUCUACGCUAUACAAUAUAAAACUCAGUUAUAAUUCCACCUCAAUAAGUACAAACUCAUCCUACUACCCAUGAUAAGCUGCCUCUUAACCACUUAAUUAGACCAAAGAGACGACAACAAUGAGAACUCACAACGACGGUUUUCGUGGUUAUUUCGUCAUAAAAUAGAGUUUAUGACGAAAUAACUACGAAAGCUAUUUCAUCGUUAAACAUUCUUCGUAACAUAUAUUUCCUCGCUAAUUCGCCGUAAAGUGAAAGGUUUCGUCGUAAAAGCCACGUAAACUAUUUCCUCGUAAAAACUACGUAAACAUUUUCCUCGUAAAGAAUACAUAAAAAAAUUUCUCGUAAAGUAGACGCUUGAUUACGUCGUUCUUUACACGUAAUCUUUACGACGAAUCUCCGUGUCUUUCGUAGUAAAUUCCUCGCUAACAUUUUUUCAAUUUCCUCGCUAAUUAAACGUAAUUUAGCUACGGAUUUGCUUAGAUUCUUUAUUUUAAAAAAAUAAUAUAUAAUCAAAAAUAUUUUUAAAUUUGUUUCAAAAUUAUUAAAAAUGUAAAUAAGAAAUCAUAUGAAAAUAUUUUAUAAAUAUUUAAGUUUCAAAUUUAUAAUACAAUAAAAAGAAGAAAAAAAAAACUAAGGGGCAUGUGCGCCUACCGAGCUAGCAACACCCCCCUCUUUCUGUUGUUCUGCAUCUCCUCGAAGAGGUCUGGACUCCUUCUCUCUACUUCUUCCUCAUCCUCAUGCGUGCUGGGUGGCUCUAGAACGGGAUUUUGUCUCAGCAUCUCUGCCAACAUGGUCUCCAAAUGAGGAUUUCCAGCCGCUAGAAGGUCCAGAAAGCCCUCAACUAACUCAUACGAGCUGUGAAUGCAAACCGCGUCGAGUUCAACUCGGAACGCAGCUGAGUGAUUUCAUCAGCCGUCACUGACCAUAAGACGCUGUUGCCCUUGGGACAUCGUUGACAAAACCAAUCCCCAACGUACGUCCCUUUUUCUUAGAGACAACCUUUAAAAAAAAAGAUAAAUGUAAGUGAUAAAAAAAAUAGAUUAAAUAAAUAAUAAUAAUAAAAAAAAAUUAAACUUUUACCUUCUCGUAAAUCUGAUCCAUUUCAGGUGUGGAUAAUGUGACCGGUAUUCCAUCGGGGGACUGCUGGGUCAGCUGGGUUUGGCGGUCUUCAAUCCGAGCAACCACAUCGUUGUAGAUUUGUUCGGACCCAUGAUCUACAAAUUGCCCAGCCUUGUUCUUGUGGGUCCUCAUAUAGAUCCUUAAGAGACGGGAGAACAUUUAAGAAACAUUUUAAAAAGUUAUAAUAUAUUAAAAAAAUUAAUUAAUUAAAAUAUUUACCAUAUCCAAACGGACACCAAUGUGGGGUUUCUGACCCGUAGAGUGAAACAUCGGCCCGUUGCCAUGCCCAUCUUUCGUUAGACAGGAGGCGGAGCAAAUGUUGGAGACUUUAAUGGACGAUGGCAGGUUCCAAUAACGAAUGAGGCCAUCCCACACUUCCUUGGUGAGCUCAGCGGGUUUUCUCUGCUCAUAACCCUUCACGAUCCAAUCAUCAUUCCAGUUGGAUACCGUGGCUAACAAUCGACCUUUCGCCUUCCCGACAAACGCUUUUUUCACCCUCUCGUUCAUCCCUACGGACCAAUGAUAUUUUUGCUGUAACAGAACAAAUUAGAUUAAUAAUUAGUUUAAAAAUAAUAAAAAGUUGUAAUAAAAAAAAGUUUAUAUAAUUAAUAGUAACUUACAACGAAAUCAAUUUCCAGUUCGGAUGAGCGUCGGGGAAGUAGCCUUUGAUUGCCUUCGAACCCCAAAGCUGAAAAAACCAAAGUAAAAGUAUUUAAAUUAUUUAUUAUUGUUAUAAAAUAAUUGCACAAUAAAAAUGUAACGUACAACAAAGUUUUGUCCGGUUGGUCAGAAUCUAAGACUGGUAAACCUUCUCUGCAUGCCUGACGUAAUUUUACGAGGACUAAUUGUAGCAAACGAGAUCUUCACUAAUUUUAGAGAUUCCCACAAGUGAUGAUUUUAGUUUCUUCAGUUUCCACCUAUAACAAAUUCUGAGCUUUUGAGUAAAACAGAAUACUAAACAAAAGCCAGUUCCUCAAAGCCAUUAUCAUGUCUGCUUCAAGGUAAACCAUAUGCUUUUGUUCUACACUUUUGUGAAUUGAUGUACAUAUUGUAAAAUGAGUACGUGGGUAUGUAAAUAAAUCAGGUCUCAAGUUGUAAUUAACCCAUCUGACUGAAAAAAGUUUGUUUAUAUGUUAAUCAGGGACCCUUUGGUGGAUGCUCUUAGUAUGAAAGAGGGAAAUGGUGAACACAGUUACGAUACCAAUUCUCAUUAUCAGAGAAGUGUUUUCUCCGAGAUAGAACAUGUGGUGAUAGAGAGCUUCAUAGAAAUGUUAAUGAAUUUGGACUAUCUCGAAUACAUCAAAGUGGCUGGUUGUUCUUCUGGAAGAAACACGUUGUUUGCCAUGUCCGAGAUUGUCAACACGAUAAUACAAUCAUACCAUCAAAAAGGUCGACUCAACGCACCAGAGAUCGAGUGUUGUCUGAACGAUCUUCCACAUAACGACUUCAACACUACCUUCAAGUUGGUACCUUCCUUUCUAGAGAAGCUGAAGAUUGAGGUCAAAGGAAAGUGCUUCGUGUCAGGAGUCCCAAAAUCUUUCUAUUCAAGGCUGUUCCCAAGCAUGUCUCUUCAUCUUGCUCAUUCAUCUUUUAGUCUCCAUUGGCUUUCUAAGGUCCCUGAUGGUCUCGAGAACAACAAUACAAGCAUCCAUAUCAAUGAUACAUCCCCUCCAGAUGUCUACAAAAGUUAUUUGAAUCAGUUCAAGAAUGAUUUCUCGUUGUUCUUAAGAAUGCGUUCAGAAGAGAUAGUGCCUAAUGGGCAGAUGGUUCUCACGUUCGUGGGAAGAAAGGUUUCUGAUCCUUUAUCCAAAGAUUGUUUUCAGGUUUGGUCGUUGUUAUCCGAUUGCAUCCUUGAUCUAGUGUCCGAGGUACCCAAUCUCACUAACUUGCUUUCAUUCUUUAUAUUUUUAACUAUUGACAUCAAUGGAACUGCCUUAUAAAAAAUUUACUAUCAAACAUUUUUAAAAGUAUGGGUUUCCAACUAAAAUCAGUUGGAAAUAAAUACAAAUGCUCAUAUGUUUUAGAUAAUAUACUAUUGGUUAUCUUAUUUCACAUAUAAGAUUUAUAAGACAGCUUAGGGGUGGGCGUUCGGGUACCCAUUCGGGUUCGAUUCGGAUCUAUUUGGAUUUCGGGUUUUCGGGGUCAAAGAUUUCAGUCCCAUUC